GCCUUUAUUCGGUGGGGUAAAGAAGGAAUUAUGCCGGUGGCGAAAAGAUGUGCCCUACUUUGGAUAUCCCUGCGUUGAAUGUCUAAGGAGCUCCAGCUACUCCUGAGCCAUGUCGCAGAUGUUGCACAUAGAGAUUCCCAACUUUGGGAACACCGUCUUGGGCUGCCUCAACGAGCAGCGGCUGCUGGGGCUCUACUGCGACGUCUCCAUCGUGGUCAAGGGCCAGGCCUUCAAGGCACACCGGGCGGUGCUGGCUGCUAGCAGCCUCUACUUCCGAGACUUGUUCAGCGGCAACAGCAAAAAUGCCUUCGAGCUGCCAGGUACCGUGCCACCGGCGUGCUUCCAGCAGAUCCUCUCCUUCUGCUACACCGGGAAGCUCACCAUGGCCGCGAGCGAGCAGCUGGUGGUGAUGUACACCGCCGGCUUCCUGCAGAUCCAGCACAUCGUCGAGAAAGGGACGGACCUGAUGUUCAAAGUGAGCUCCCCGCACUGUGACUCGCAAACGGCCAUGAUCGAAGACCCCAGCUCGGAGCCGCAGAGCCCCUGCACCCAGCUGCAGGCCGCCUCAGCACCCUACGUCAUGUCCCCCUCCAUGCCCAUCCCGCUCGCCGCCGGCCCGCUCAAGCUUUCGCGCGUCUCCUACUACGGCGUGCCCAGCCUGGCCACCCUCCUGCCCACCGUGCAGCAGGUGCAGUACUCGCAGGGCGAACGGACCAGCCCCGGCGCCAGCAGCCUCCCCACCACCGACAGCCCCACCUCCUACCACAAUGAGGAGGACGAGGAGGAUGACGAGGCCUACGACACCAUGGUGGAGGAGCAGUACGGGCAGAUGUACAUCAAGUCCUCGGGAGGAUACUCUGUUGCUCAAGAAAAGCCAGAACAGAUUCCACUAGAGAAUCGUUCCUGCGUCCUCAUACGAAGGGAUCUAGUUGCUCUCCCAGCCAGUCUCAUCAGUCAAAUCGGAUAUCGUUGUCACCCAAAACUCUACUCGGAGGGAGAUCCUGGAGAAAAACUUGAGCUCGUCGCAGGCUCGGGCGUUUACAUCACUCGGGGGCAGCUGAUGAAUUGCCACUUGUGUGCUGGCGUCAAGCAUAAGGUUCUUCUGAGACGUCUUCUGGCCACUUUCUUUGAUCGGAACACACUCGCCAACAGCUGUGGGACUGGGAUCCGGUCGUCCACGAGCGACCCCAGCAGGAAGCCCCUGGACAGCAGGGUCCUCAACGCCGUGAAACUGUAUUGUCAGAAUUUUGCCCCAAGCUUUAAGGAAAGCGAGAUGAAUGUCAUAGCAGCCGAUAUGUGCACCAACGCCCGCCGAGUCCGCAAGCGCUGGCUUCCGAAGAUUAAGUCCAUGCUGCCGGAAGGGAUGGAGAUGUACCGCACAGUCAUGGGCUCCACCACAAACAGUGUCCCCCUGGAUCCCGAGUUCCAGCCCAACACUGCUCAGGUCUUUGAGCAGCGCAUCUAUGCAGAACGGAGGAGCGAGUCAGGAACUAUAGUAGCUCUGAGAACUAAUACAGUGAACGUAGAUCUAAGCAAUGGCUCCAACCAGUCCUUUGAACAGAGCGAGGAUGCCGAAGGGGCUGGCUCUGUUAUACAAGAGGCAGCUGCCACGGAUGCGAUGGCAUCAGAUACCCAAAGCACUCCACAACCUUUUGAACAAGGUUCGGGCUCCACUAGCCGGCCAGAAACUCCGGUGAGAAGACAAGAUGGUACUUACGGAGGGACUUUAUAAAGAGAGCAAACAUUUUGUGACCUAUAAGGGAUCUGUAAUACUAAAGCUGCUUGCAUGCAUUACUAAUACAAAACAAAAAUGUGAUCAAGCCACUUACCUACUGAACU